AUGAAGGAGACUACAGGACAAGACUAUCUAACUGCCUCGUCCUCUAAGGUAAUUACAAGUGUCCUAUCUAUACAGCUAUCUAAAGCAUAUUUACAGCUGAGUGAAAUUCAGCGUUUCACUUGGAACGCUGCGGAUUGUAGGGAGCGGGCUGAGCAUCUUCUUCUU